AUGACUUCAGAGCUGAAGUAUGUUGGUGGCAGAGUUUAUUACUUUGACUUCAUAGAUGAACCCAAUAUUACCGUGGAGCUUCUGAGGUCAUAUAUUGAUAGGGUUUGUAGCAACGGGCCCCACAGAUUGUUUUAUAAGGAUAGAAAUAGGGUUGAACAUUCUGGAUAUAAGCAUUUACUUGGAUAUGAGGAUGUUAAGGAAAUGUCGGGGGACAGUACUAUUCAGAGACUACGGGGGAUAGAUGUAUACAGGAUUGGCCCAGGAGAUCAUGAUCCUUUAAUUGGGCAGUGUUCAAAGUGCAUCAAGGAACAUGGUGAUUUUGCUGAUGAUAGUAGACAUGAUGAGUAUGAUAUUGGGAAUCUGGAUCAUGGCAAUGAUGCUAGUGAAUAUUUAGACAGCGAUCAUGACACGGGCGACAUAGAUCUUGAGUACCGGGAAAAAGCUUAUGCAACGGUCCGUGUUCAAUCGUGGUGUUUGUUUGGAAAUGACCCAAAAUUGGAUGAGGUCAAAGGCUAUGACCAUGAGGCUGAUUGUGGCUCAUUUGAAUCGUUAAGGUCCAGAAAUGUAUCAAAGGAAUCAUUUGCACAGGAUCCAAGUAGAGGUGGAAAGAAUUUAAAGAAGGGAAUAAGGUAUGUAGCUGCGGAUGAUAUGAGAUAUCCAGGGUUUGAGGUAUGGCAGGACUUUGAGGAUAAGUGGCAACUUCUUAAAUAUAUCAAGCUCCAUUCAGUUGCUGAUAGGCGACAUAUAAGCUUCAAAAAGCAUGACUCCAAGUAUGUUAGGGCAAUUUGCAAAGGGGAGGGAUGCAACUGGGUACUGUAUGCAGUUAAGGUGAGUCCAAAUGAAGAGACAUUUCAGAUUAGAACUCACCAAGACAAACACACUUGUCCAAGACUAGAUAAAACAUGGAAUUGUACUGCCCAUUUGAUUGCCGAGUCGUACCUUGAAGAUGUGGCAGUUGAGCCUACCCUCAGUUCUCGCUUCAUUAAACAUAGGGUUAAGAAGGACCAUGGAUUGAAGAUUUCAAGAAACCAGGCCUCUAGGGCUAAGAAGAAGGCACUUGACAUAAACAGAGGGUCUUUUUCCAGCUGUUGCUACACUUCUAAAAAUGUGUCCCAUAGAUACUGUAUGGAGCACUUAUGGAAUAAUUUUAAGCUUAAGCACCCCGGAUUGAAAUUAAAAGCCAGAUUGACGAAUAUUGCGAAAGCAACAACUGAAGAGGAAUGGAACAAGCUGAUGGAUGAUUUGAAGAAGCAUCAUGAAGGAGCAUGGAGGGAACGUUUAGCGGAAUCCCGGAAAGAAUCUGGUUGUUACGUUGCAGAGUAUUGUGGUGAUGACACACCCAUGUUGCCUCCAGAGUUCAAACCCAUGCCAGGAAGAGUGAAGGGCAGCAGAAACAAGAGACAUGAUGAACUCCACCGAGUAUACAAGAACAAAAAAGGUUGGUAUAAGGGAAAUAGAAAGAAUGAUAGCAAGGAGAGUGAGAGGCCCUUAGGUGGGCAGAAGCGAGCAACACCCAAACAGCGGGGCAGACCGCGCAAACGGGUUGCAGUUGAACCUUUGGCUGAUGAUCUUCGCGAUGAAGACGAAAAUGAGUUUGAAUCCCCUGUCCCGGUGGCCAGUACUAAGUGUAAAGGAAAAAAGCAGAUUCUUGAUGGAGAUGAAAAUGAUCCCGUAUUCCCGGUGUCUAGAAGUAAGCGAAAAGGAAAAAAACAGGUUCUUGAUGGAGAUGAAAAGGAUCCUGUGUUCCCGGUGUCCAGAAGUAAGCGAAAAGGAAAACAUGUUCUUGAUGGAGAUGAAAAUGAUCCCUUGGUCCUGGUGUCCAGAAGUAAGGGGAAAGGUAAAAAGCAGAAGGGAAAAGGUAAAUUUCAGCUUCGUGAUGAAGAUGAAAAUGAUCUUGGUAUCCCGGUGUCCAGAACUAAACGGAAAGGAGAACAUCAGCUUUUUGAUGAAGCUGAAAAUGAUCCUGAUGUUCCAGUGACUCCUAUGGUGGAUGGAGCAGUCAUCGGAGAAUAUUGUGAAUUUUGUGAAAAUACCAGUCAUUGGAGAGGCCAAUGCCUUGAAGAACAGUUGACACGUUGGUUAGAAAAUAGAACUUCUAACGAAGAGCAUGAUGAUGCAGCAGACAUUGCUCUUGAACCAUGUGCAGACUGCUCGGAGAAUUCAGAUAUGGAUGAAAGGAAAGAUCAGAAUGAGGAAUCAUUGCAGGUCAUUAAUGCACCUGAUGAACCAGCGGUAGAGACAAUCAACUUAGUUCCACCCGAUUUCGAACAAACUUGCAGUUUUUGGGAUCAGUGUUCGGCAUCUGGAUGGAAUUGUGAACACUGUUAUGGGGAGUUUAAACAUGGAGAGUGGGAGGAGUGUACUUGGUUAAGCAUGAAAUGUUCAUUUUGCAGUUGUACUGGACACCUCUUACAUGAAUGUGUAGAAGUACAGAGGGCAACAAAGCUGUUUUUUAGAGACCCUAUUGUAGCUGAAUAUUCUGGUUUUAGGAGAUUAAACACUAAUGAAGACCUCAAAUAUAUGCUUGCUUUAUUGUCUGGUGAAAUGAAGUCUCCUAUGGUCAUCUAUAGGAUAGGGAAACUUGAGUAUGAUCAAUUACCUGGAGGGGCUAAACCUAAACCGAGAAAGCCUGCGUAUUUAGAUGAAGGUGAUGAUGAUACUGAUGAUGAAGACUAUGAACCUGAAAGUGAUUACAGUUGUGAUUCUGAUGAUGAAAGGGUUCAGAAGUUAGCCAAUCACUCGAUGAGUGGUUCUUGUUGGGGAACUUUGAAGAAAACUGAAUUUGUGCGCCAUGCAAACCAUGAUGGUGGUGAUGAUGUGGCCUCUGAAUCUGACUAUGCUUCCUUUGAAGAACUUCAUGAAAGGGGUUGUUUGGAUGAUGAGGACUUUCAUGAAAGAAGUGAAAAAAAUAUAGAGAGUUUAAUCCAGCGAAAAAGAUGGGCUAUUAGGUUUCAGAAGAAUGCUAAAUUCGAGGUGAGGGGAAUUUGUGUACCUGGCUGCAACUGGGAAGUUUAUGGAGUGAAGUUGCCAGAUGUAGACACAUUUGAGGUGAGGACUGUGAAUAACAAGCACACUUGUGGUAGGAUAUGGGAGAAAAACAAGAAUUGCAACUCCAACAUAGUUUCUGAUUGGUUUGUUGCUGACUUUGCAAAUGACUCUUCAAUGAGUGUGAGCAUUGUGCAAUUUAGGGUUGUUAAUGAGAAGAGAAUUACCAUAUCUAGGACUCAAGCAUAUAGGGCCAAGCUAAAGGCAUUGGAGAAGAAACUUUUUGAAAUUGCAAAAUCAAGUUAUGUGGAAGAGCAUGAUGAGCUUAUGGCUGCUUUGAAAGAGUUUGAUGAAGGUGCAUGGGUAUGGCUACAAAAUGAGGAUGCUGGUCAUUGGUGCAGGUCGCAUUUCCCUACGGCAACUAGGUGUGACUGCGUUACUAACAAUCCCCCUGAAUUCAAAAUCAAAAUCGGCAGGCCAAAAGGGAGUAGGAAUAAGGACAAGGAUGAGCCAUUAAGAAGAAACAAGAAAGGAUCAUUGAAGGCAAGUAGAAAGAGGGGUAAAGGGGUAAACAAAUGUAGUUUUUGUAGAGGUGAACAUAUUAAGAGAAAUUGCCCAGGGUUUAAGGCACAACAAAAUAGAGAAAAUAAUCAGGGAGAAAGGGGAGUGCAAAACACCAAUCCACCUAUACGAAAAAGGAUGGGCAGACCACCCAAGAAGAAGCCUCAGGAUGCAGGUGAAGGCACAAAAACUGGAGUUCCUGUUCAUCAGCCAGAAUUACAACCACCUAUAAAUUCUACUGUAGAUGAGAAUUCUGUACAUGAGACUGAACCAAAACAUACUGGAAAUGCUGGUCAAGAAGUUGAUGAUGAGGUGGCUUUGGAUAUACACUUCAAAGAAGAGACAGAGUGUAUAGAGUGGGAAAGUCUUGCUGCAGCAUUGAAAGAUCCAAGGUCAGGAAUUAUAAGACCCAAAGUAACUGCACCUGCCCCCAAAAAAUGCACAAGAAUUUGUACUUCUUCAGCCCCUACAACCCCGAGGAGAGCUAGUGCAAGGCUUAUGAAUCUAGCACUUGCAAAAAAGAUGGACGUUAAUGGACCUGGGAGUACAUAUGAAAAUGUCAUUCAAAUAUUAACUGAAGAAGAAGCAAGUACCUUCUUGCGUAAGAAACCAAAGACAUUCCAUGGUGUAGAUCCACACCAAGGAUGA